AUGUCCAUUCUUCUCAAAACACUUUCAAAACCUCGUACAAAUUCCUUCUCAAAACUCGUACUCCCUUCUUUACAACAAGUAGUUAUUCAAAAGGAGAAUACUAGACACUUUUCACAAAACCUGUCUACAUUUUAUGCUCUCGAUUCUGACAAUUACAGCGAUGUGAAUGCGUCUCUCGGAGGAGGAGGUUAUUUUGGGGCACAACGUCAACAAGGAUACGAUGGAAGAGAGCAUACCUUUGAAGAACAGUAUGCAGCCAAGAAGGAUUUUGAACUUUUAUUGAAAAUGGCUUCUGACUUUAACAAAAAACAUCCCUCAUUGAGAUAUAAGGAUAUUUUCGAAAAAAUGAAGGAAAAACAUGAGGCAGGAGAAGUAGCCGAUCUGACACACAUCAUUCAUGACUUGACAACGAUGAAACCUGAUGCGAAUGAUGACACUUUGGGAGAUACUCAUGUCGCCAAUGUAGAUGUUCAAGCAAAAGGUGUUUCUCAAUUCACUGACAAACCAUUGGGAGGAGUGUUCGCAGGAAAGUCACCCAAAGUACCCGAAGAGAAAAAUCCCAAGGGUGUAACUGUUCCAGCGAAGGAAGAACGUAAGGCCAGUGAUGAGAAUUACCCUUACGUGGCCGACUUGACUUAUGAACUUUAG